CAUCGAUUGUUGUUAUUAUUGCUAUUAUUAUUCUACUAUAUUUUUCAUCAAUUAAUCUCUUUCGCCCUCCAUAGUCUUUAUCAAUUUUAUUCGAUUGUCCGUUCAUUCGCGAAUAUCGACAUUAUUGGCAACAUGAUUCCGUAACGUUGUUUCCCAGGUAUCGGUUGAUUUAAAUCCUCGGGACCUUCCAGUUUUCAGACUUCAUUCACCUCUCUUCCAUUAUUUCCAUUUUGUUUUUUUUUUUCCAAAUUCUUUUCCCACCGUUUACGGAUCAUGAGUCAUUCUCCGUUUCAUCGCCGGCAUCUUGUUAUUGUUAUUAUUAAUCUUGCUACCAUCAUUGUUAUUGUUAUUGUUAUCACGUUUCUGCGCAACUGGUAGGUAGGAAAACCCAGGCAAACAGGUAUACGUGGACAUAGUAUGUGUUACAUUGCGUGUGCAAUGUACCUACGUCAUCGACAAGGAAUUACGGGGACGAACCGUGAUGACGCAAGGUAAUUCAAGAAAGAAACAUUGCGAGUCCGGUGAAAUGUCAAAUUCAAUGAAAUGAUGAUAGUAAGAAGGGACAGAAGGAUCUUGAUGGUACAGGAAUUUCUGAGUUCAGGAGCAAGGACCUUCCUAUUUUGUUUUUCCUUUUGAUCAAUCGGACCAAAAAGAAAUGUCAAAGUACACCAACGUCUGUCAAAAACGUAGAGUGGAAAAUUAAAUUUCACCUUUUCGACCUUCACGCGGCGAACGCCACCCGGUAACCUCUCUUGUUACAUUUCACGAAUUUUAUGACACCGUUAUUGGACAUUUAUACAUACAAUAUAACACUCGCACACGUGCUCCUUUUAUAAAAUAAUAUUUUUUCGACGCAAAGAUGACGCUUUCGUUUGCGUUUCGAAAUGGGUUGAUUUUUGAUUUUUUCGGUCCACCUUGUAUUAUAUGUAUUUCGAAGUUUCCUUCUCUUUUCACUUAUUGUUUUCUUAUUUUUUCAACGGUCUAAAAAUCGAGGCAUCGAGAGUAUCGCUGAGACGGUUUUGUUCGUUCGAAGAUCAGUUUCGGGGGAGAAAAUUUGGGGCUUCGUUCUCCUCCACCUAGUACUUAUUAACCUCCACCUUCUUUUCUUCUUUCUCCUUUUUCUCUGCCGUAUCGCGAUCAUUUCAUCGUGCAUUAGCCCUUCUCUCUUCCGAAAGAUUCUAUUUGGUUUUCUUUCUUUAGCCACCUUUCUCUAGGUAUUUCGUUUUAUAUGUAUAAAAUACACAAUGUUAUCGUAUGCUUGUUUUUCGCCUUCGGCCACCCUUUUAUUGUCUGACAAAAUGCAUCGGCGAACGGAUACGGGGAGAAUGUGGGUAAUGCCGACGUUGCUCCGAAGCUCGGAGACUAGAGAGAAGAAAGAAGAAAAGGCGGACGAGAAACCUAUACUUUUCAAGAUAUGCAGGCUAUGGAGAACCAAACUGAACCGUACCUUUUUUCGUCGAAAUGUUCGGCACACAUCCAUACCUCAAGGAAUGAAAAGCAAAAACAUAUAUUAUAAGAAGUAGAAAGGAUGAAGGAAAAGGGAAAGAAUAAAGUCAUCAUAUUACAUCGUACGGAAAUUCGAGAGGCGUCGCGUCGUUAUGCAGACUGCACUCGUCAAUGACAAUAUUAUUUCAAAACGAACUCAAAACUAUCGUCUGUACUUACGCACAUGUUCGGUAUUCCUCCGUGAGGAGAAAGCAAAAGAGGGAUCAUGCGAGGCGAAAGAAAGGAAACAGAGACAGAGCAAACGACGCGUCGACCGGUCUGAUCCGUUCACCACGUCGUCCCCUCGGAUCUCAGAGACAGGCAUAAGGUACAAAGACAACAAGGCAUAUCCCUGGCCGGGUAGUGCAAGCCAUUUUAUUCUUUACCCGGAAAGUGCGAAUCAGACAAUUUACACCCAGGUAGCGAGAGCCUCCGAUGCUGGUCGAUAUUCAUGUCGAGCACGUAAUGACACCGACACGCUCACAGGGCACAUCACACUCAACGUCAUCGAAAAAGUUUCGGUGUAUACCGGAAAACCUUUGCCGACAUAUACACCCGAGGAUCAAGAUGUUCCUCUAGGAGUUUCGGUCCGAUUAUUCUGCGAAGCUUACGUCGGACAUGUCAAUCUUCCCGAUGCUCAAAACUUUGCGGUGUGGUCAAAAAUUGGAAGCAAUGAUUCCGUACCCCCUAAAGGCAGGGUUUCUCAAAACAAAGUCUCCAGGGAGGAUGAUCAAAUCGUUGGCGCUUAUCUUGAGGUCAAAGAUGUGAGAGUCGAGGAUUACGGAGAAUACAGGUGUGAAGUCAGUAAUAGUUUCAAUCAACUCGUACCAAUGACAGUCCACAUAUCGAAACAAGAUCCUCAAGUUAGGAAAAGACUGCAAGACGGAUCUUGGGAAAAGGUUCUUUUAUUAUCAGCUCUUGUGAUUGUGAUUACCCUGUCGAUAGUAGGGUUCUAUUUGCGCUGUUCAUUACCUUUUGCCGUAUUUCUAAGAGACAGAUUUGCGAGUACAGAAGACAAUGACGGCAAGGAAUGUGACGCAUUGGUUUGUUACCAUGAGAAAGAUUCGAGCCUCGCACUUGGAGUGAUAAUUCCAACAUUGGAAUCUAGACAUUGCUACAAAUGCGGAUCGCUUGAACUAUCGCAGCUUAGCAACAAUUGGUCUUUGGAGAUCGGUCCUCGCAGCAAAACAGCUCGUCGAGUUAUAGUUUUAUUAAGUCAAUCCUCAAUGCGAGGUGGUUCGUGGAGUGAAGGCGUUCUGAAAUCAGCGUUAAAUCAGUUGGCCUUGUUAGAUCUUCCGAGCAAUCGUGUAAUUGCAGUACCUUUGAUAGAGCUACCAUUCAGUGCUUCGCUUCCAAAACCAGUUCGAUACGGCGAAGAAGAAAUUAACAUCGACCGAUUGAAAAUUCUAAGGUGGUAUGGGAGCAAAGAUAAUUCAAAUUCGACGAUCGGUAUCACCAAAGUGAAAGGUAACAAUCAUAAUAAUAUUAAUAAUAAUAACAACGAGGCGCACAAAUUUUGGUACAAGCUUCGUUUGGCUCUACCACCUGUCAGGCCAGGUAGCAGAAGGGCGCAACAAUCUUUGGCGAUGAUUGUUCAGCCAAAAAAUGGAAAUGAACCGAAAGCUCGAUUGAGAGAAAGCCUCGAAGUUCUUGUUUGAUAUGAAAUGAGGUAACGGUAACAAGGAUAUGAGCAGAAUUUCGGAGUAAACUACAUAUUUUAUAACGGGCGGUAAAUAGUUAGCAGCGCCUUAAAUAGUUGAUAAAACAAAAGGAAAGUGCAUAAAGUAAUUAUUAGUGUUGGGAGAAUCGCAAUAAACUUCACUUUUUAUCAAAAAGCAAAAGUUUAACGCAUUCGAUGCUCUUUGGUUUUUCGCGAGCUUCUUUUGAUUUUUUCUCCCUACAUCUGUAAAUAUAUCACUACUUCCCCAUGAUAUCAUAAAUGACGUAUUGGGCAAAAAAGAAUCGCAAAAAAAAAGUAAAUUGAAGACUCGAAGAGGCUUCCGAGACUAUUAAAUUUGUUAAAGUAUCUCAAAUUUUUUUCACCUCUUUUUCGUUUUGCUCGCGGACGAAAGAAACUCAUUGUCAGUUUAUUUUCCUAAUUUAUACCAUACGUAAGCAUUAGAUGCCCUACUCAGUCUUUCACUGCACUUAAAAAAAAAAAAAUGCAGAUCCAAUUUUGACUUAACAACGGAGGAACAGUUUUGGUUUGUUCUUUCUUUAGUUCAUUCAUCUGUAUAUACCGAUUAUUUGACAAAAACAGAAACUGAAUUCGAAAUUUAGAGCCGAAAUGAUAUGAUUUCUCUAUUUAUUAAAAACUCUAGUAUUAUUUAUAUAAAAUUGAAGAACAAAAAAAAUUAAUACUAAACUAACUAUAAACAAACGAAAACAUCUCGAAUUAAUCACUAGUGUUUCGUGAUAUUCAGUAUUCUUCAGUCUAAAAAGGAGGGGAAAAAAAAAAAAAAAACUGGCAAAUCUUACAAUGUGCUGUCUAAAGGUAGCUAGGAGGCCCCUAUGCUCUUAGAAAACGAGAAAAACGAAAUUUAACAUAUACAUAAAAACAGAUUCAUACUCGAUGAAGUUUUCAGAUUGUAAAAGUCAUUUUUAUUUUAAAAGCUACUAGCCAUUGUUAUUCACUUGAUUUUUUUUUAACUUAUUAUUCUUACACGCAGCGACGCUAAUUUUCAAAGCCUAAUUCAUCCGACCCCGGACGCUUGAAAUCCACGUCGGGCAUCCAUGGAACGUUAAUGUUUGUUCACUGAAUCUAUUAAUUUAAUUUUAAAUCUAAUUAUGGCUACGUCAGGAUAGAUUAAUUUUGUUAUUGUGGUUUUCCAAAUUGAAGAGUCCCCCCGUGCUCAAAAAUAUUUUCCAUCCAUUUAAACUCAUAAUAUAUAUAUCUGGAUAGAAUAGAAAAUUGCGUAUUUUUCGUUUUUCUUUAUUUUAAUAGACUUAAUGUUUCUCACUUUUUUUUUAUACAUAUGAUAUCAUGUAAACGAUGAAUAAUAUUUAAGUGUAUGGUAGUCUCUUUACUAUCAGUAUUAUAAAAAUCGAAAUAUGGCAAGAAAAAAAUAUCAACAAUAUCAAUAACGAGGAUAAUAAUAGUAAGAAUAGGUAGGGUGGUGCUGUUGUUGCUUUACCGAUGACUUUGCUUCGAUUUCGAUUGAGUUUUUUCUCCACUCAACUUGAUCGUUGUAUUUUGAGUAACCGAGCUCAUUUUCCUGCGAGACAAUUUCAUUUUUUUACUUUCUUCUCGUUAGAAAUGAACGAUCAUAAAGAAUCGAAGAAAAGUGUCAAGAAUUUACCAGAAAAAAGAAUCAUUAAACAGUUAUGAUCAGUGCGUCCCAUUGGAUAGAAGAAAAUGAGCUAACUGUUGAACAAAGAUCUGAAUACAGUAGUUUUACUGUCGAAUUUUAUACAGAAUAACUAUACCAAACUAUUCAAGAAUCUCUCUUUAUGAGCUUCCCUUCGUCUCUAGGAAAAAAAAGAAACAAAGAUCAUGAGAAAUGUGGUGCUUGAAUUUCUACCUUUUUCUUCAUUUAUCUUCAUAACCACAAAAAAUGGACAAAUUACGAAUGGUCCGAUAGCUUAUAGUUAUGUGAAUAAAGAACAAAAAUAUGACAUGGAACAGAAAGGUAAAUGAUGAAUAAGUAAGAAAUGAGUUGGUUAUCUUCAUUAUAUGAAUAUUAAUUAUUUUCUAUUUUUGUACCUAAACACAACUUAUUACAAUAAUUAACGAUCGAUAAUGUUUACAAUAAUCAUAACGAUAGUAGUAUAAAUUAUUUCGAGCAUUUUUUUUUCUCAUCCUGUCUAUAAUACACAGAUAUGUAUAUCAUAUACCUAACAUUGUGCAUGCAAUAAAUUAAUCAUUAUACCGGUA